AUGUCCAACACCAGCUCCAUCACUCAGUUCCUCCUCCUGCCAUUCGCAGACACACAGGAGCUGCAGCUCUUGCACUUCUGCCUCUUCCUGGCCAUCUACCUGGCUGCCCUCCUGGGCAAUGGCCUCAUCAUCACCGCCAUCGCCUGUGACCACCACCUCCACACCCCCAUGUACUUCUUCCUCCUCAACCUCUCCCUCACAGAACUAGGUUCCAUCUCGACCACUCUCCCCAAAGCCAUGGCCAAUUCCCUGUGGGACACCAGGGCCAUCUCCUACUUGGGAUGUGCUGCCCAAGUCUUUUUUUUCUUUUUCUUUGUUACAGCAGAAUUUUGUCUUCUCACUGUCAUGGCCUAUGACCGGUACGUAGCCAUCUGCAAACCCCUGCACUAUGGGACCCUCCUGGGCAGCAGAGCUUGUGUCCACGUGGCAGCAGCUGCCUGGGGCAGUGCGUUUCUCAAUGCUGUGCUGCACACUGCCAAUACAUUCUCACUACCACUCUGCCAAGGCAAUGCUGUGGACCAGUUCUUCUGUGAAGUGCCCCAGAUCCUCAAGCUCUCCUGCUCAGAUGCCUACCUCAGGGAAGCUGGGCUUCUUGUGAUUAGCAUCUGUUUAUUCUGUGUGUGUUUUGUUUUCAUUGCGGUGUCCUAUGUGCAGAUCUUCAGGGCCGUGCUGAGGAUCCCCUCUGAGCAGGGACGGCACAAAACCUUUUCCACGUGCCUCCCUCACCUGGUCGUGGUCUCCCUGUUUGUCAGCACUGCCAUGUUUGCCUACCUGAAGCCCUCCUCCAUCUCCUCCCCAGCCCUGGAUGUGGUGAUGGCAGUUCUGUACUCAGUGUUUCCUCCAGCAGUGAACCCUCUCAUCUACAGCAUGAGGAACAAGGAGCUCAAGGAUUCCCUGUGGAAGCUGUUUGAAUAUGAUCUAUUUCAGAUUAAUAAGGUGCCCAUUAUUCCACUAGGGCUGCCACCGUAUCUCAGGAAAACCCAGGACUAA